CGCUCGGCCGCGCGGCCCGGGGCCCGGGGGCCGGCGGGUCGCCGCGGCCCGCUGGUAAUGCCCGGCCCGGAGGGGACUCGGCCCGGCCGCAGCGGCGCUCGUCCGAGGGUCUGAAGCCCCUGGAGGAUGACCUAGCGCUCGGAAGCCCCCCCGGCCUCCCCAGGGCCCCCGUGGACGCGGCGGGCAGGCACCCAGACUUGCGACGCCCCGCGCCCGCGGCCGCCGGGGCUCCGGGCCACGCGCGCCUCUUGAACUCACGACUAGUACAAUCGUCUCUUUCGGGAGAAGGGUUUUCCUGGCUUUUGGUUUUUUGUUUUUUUCUUUCUUUCUUUUUUUUUUUUUCCCCGAUUUUUCCUUUUUUUUUGCGUUUCUGUCGACUUUCUUUUUUGGGCGGGGGGAGGGUUUGUUUUCGGGCCUUUUAUUUUGGAGAAGGGGAUUUUAGGGGGACAAAAGGACGCACGGCGCACCGCGCCGGGGGGUAGGAGAUAAGGGGCCGGCGGCCACAGUCGGAGGCGCUGGGUCCAGGAUGGAUGUGGCCGACCCGCAGCAGCUGGGCAUGUUUACGGAGGGGGAGCUGAUGUCCGUGGGGAUGGACACGUUCAUCCACCGCAUCGACUCCACGGAAGUCAUCUACCAGCCCCGCCGCAAGCGGGCCAAGCUCAUCGGCAAGUACUUGAUGGGAGACCUGCUAGGGGAGGGCUCCUACGGCAAGGUGAAGGAGGUGCUGGACUCGGAGACGCUGUGCAGGAGAGCUGUCAAGAUUCUCAAGAAGAAGAAGUUGCGGAGGAUCCCCAACGGCGAGGCGAACGUCAAGAAGGAAAUCCAACUUCUGAGGAGAUUACGGCACAAAAACGUCAUCCAGCUGGUGGACGUGUUAUACAACGAGGAGAAGCAGAAAAUGUAUAUGGUGAUGGAGUACUGCGUGUGUGGCAUGCAGGAGAUGCUGGACAGUGUGCCGGAGAAGCGGUUCCCUGUGUGCCAGGCCCACGGGUACUUCUGCCAGCUGGUAGAUGGCCUGGAGUACCUGCACAGCCAGGGCAUCGUGCACAAGGACAUUAAGCCGGGCAACCUGCUGCUCACCACUAGCGGCACGCUCAAGAUCUCCGACCUGGGUGUGGCUGAGGCCCUGCACCCCUUUGCCGAGGACGACACGUGCCGGACGAGCCAGGGCUCCCCAGCAUUCCAGCCCCCUGAGAUUGCCAAUGGCCUGGACACCUUCUCUGGCUUUAAGGUGGACAUCUGGUCGGCUGGGGUCACUCUCUAUAACAUCACGACAGGCCUGUACCCGUUCGAGGGGGACAACAUCUACAAGUUGUUUGAGAACAUCGGGAAGGGAGACUACACGAUCCCGGGUGACUGCGGGCCCCCGCUCUCGGACUUGCUGAGAGGGAUGCUGGAAUACGAGCCAGCCAGGAGGUUCUCCAUCCAGCAGAUCAGACAACACAGCUGGUUCCGGAAGAAGCACCCGCCGGCCGAGGAGCUGGUGCCCAUCCCGCCGAGCACGGACUGCAAGGACCGCUGGCGCGGCAUGACGGUGGUGCCCUACCUGGAGGACCUGCACGGCUGUGCCGACGACAACGGGGAGGAGGACCUGUUCGAUAUCGAGGACGAUAUCAUCUACACUCAGGACUUCACGGUGCCCGGUGGCGAGGAGGCGUCUGAGGCAGGGCUUAGAGAGGAGAGAGGCACGCAGAAGAGCCAGUGCUCAGAACUUUCUGGAGAGGAAGCUGAGGCCGGGGGCGCAGAGGAGCUCAAGGCCUUAGUGUAGUGUUGCCCUGCCCCUUGCCCCCCAGUGCUGCCCGGUGCCUCAGAGGCCAGGCCUCAGCACCCCCCCCCCGACCCUCACUGACCCUGCCAGGUGUCUGAGGGAGGCCAGGGCCGCUGCCCCUGCUGCCCGAGCAUACCCCCCACUCCCAGUGUUCACUGUUCUGUUCUGGGGCCCGUUUGGCAGGUUCCCAUCAUAAAGGUUUGCCCCACUGCGUGUGUGUGGGUGAUACUUGCUUCCCUUUCCCUGGCUUGUUUGCCAAGCGUUAGGUUUUUAUUGUAGGAAAACGGGUGUGUGAGGGUGGCCUGUGGUGGGUGGGGCCCCUGGGAACACCCCACUCGGCAGUAGUGCUGGGCGCCCAGGGCUCUUUUCCUGGCAGAGCCAGGCAGGGUUCAUGCAUCCAUGCCUGCAGGGGAUAUGCUGGGGGGUCCGUGGUGCCCGUCCCAGCCAGCUGCAGGGCCAUGGUGAAGCUGGCACCUGCUGGACCCCAGGGUGCUGCGGCUUUGGCUCAGCUGUUUCCCUACAGGGUCCUGGGGCCCCGAGUCCUGGCCCUGGAAGCCCUGGCCUUUUAGAGGCCUGUCCCCCAUCUAGAACAGGAAUGAGGUGUUGCGUCAGGUCCUCAGGAGUGACCCCUGCCGGCGGGCCGUCCGCUGUCCCAGCAAGGUGGAGUGAGGACCCGGACAGAUCCCCAGACCCUCGCCAGACCGCUGACUGCCGAUACUGGCUCAGCCUGUGUGAGAGGCCAGGGCGGCCUUCCGUGGCUGCGGACGGCUCUCCAGCCUGGAGGCAGAUGCCUGGCCCGACACAGUUGUGCUCCGGGACCGGGGCUACCUACUCUGACCUCUCGUGGGUCCUCAGUGAGCUGUGCUGGGCCCACGUCCCCUCUUCGCUCCAGUCCCAGUGGUGUGGUCACCCUCAGAGGCUCUCACUGCUUAGCCUGGGACUCCUGGGACUGUCCCCACUGUGCGGAGCUGCCGCCCACCCUGAAAGCUGGGUGCUGGGCAUUGGACCUUGGUGGGUGGUUGUGGACGAUGCCCUGGCCCUUUGAGGAUAAAGAGACCAGAUCCCCAGCCCAGCCCCCCACCAGCCAUAGUUGCUGUGCCAGUGGCUGGGCUCCGGGUGGUCCGUGCAGAGCUGCAGUACCCAGUGCCCACUGGGCCCCUCCUCCAUCAGAGCAGCCCACCUGACACCCCCCGCCCCCCCAAGAGCUCUCCCUGGCAGGAACCCGUCAGCAGUGAGGCGCUCUGACCUAGGAUGCUGCCUGUGUGCAUUGGGGUGGCUCAGGGCAAGAGCCUAGAGGCUGCUGAGUCAGAUACCGGGGACCGAUGGCCUAGAGGGGGCUCUGCUGGAGAAGAGGUGGACUGUAGGCGGCCGGGGGCAGCUUCCCACUCGUGUCCCGGGAGGGCGGGCUCUGGGCAGCAGGCCGAUUUUCUUUGUGAACUGAAUGAGCCCCAUGGGCCUGGGGGGUUGGCUGACCCCUGCACGCCUUCCUGCUCCCGUACCUCAGAGCAUAGGAACGCAGCCAGGCCCGUGGCCCCUGGAUGCCAGCAGGGGCUGCUGCUGCCUGGUAGCAGGUAGGGGCGCGGCAGGCCCCGGGCUCUGAUCUCUGCAUCCUGUGCCCAGUACGGGGAGGUGAGGCUGGCCUAAAGGGGAAAGCUGAGUAUUGCGCACCUGGCCGGAGCCCAGCCCCUCCCAAGCCCCACGGGGGCCCACUGAGGCCUGGCCUCCACACAGGUGAGCGGGCCCAGCCCAGAGCCCUGUGCCCCAGGACCCUGGUCCCUCACCAUGUGCUGGGGUGGAGGGUGAGUGGGGCAGCCCACGCCCACCUGAGUGCAGAAACACAGCUCACACGUGAGCAGGCAGGUGAGCGUGGGCUGGGCCCCCGCCUUGGCUGGCCAGCUCUGAGGCCCUUGCUCCCUCCAGCUGGAUGAGGGGUCCUGCAGGCAGGCCCUGGGCGGGGGCGCGU